AUGGAGCACUUUCCUGACGGUCUCUUAGGGCAUUUGUUCUCACUCUUGACGGCACGAGACGUUCUCCAGCUCACUUCCACAUGCCGUUCAUUAUCUCCGUCAAGUUUCUCCGUUCAAUUAGCUCUGGAACGCGUCAUCACACAUCGAUUUGCCGACGUGACGAGCUUCUUACCGUCCUCGUCCACUCACUGGCCACGCUCACUUGUUGUGCUACGAGGUGCUGAGCUGCUUUACAUCAAGGAUCUCUUGGCCCGAUUUGCUGCUCAUUCAUUUGAAGACGCUGCGUCCUGCUCGCCUAAUUGCGUCGUGGUGAGUCGCACGUGGCUCAGCGCAUACAAGAAACGCUGCCAGGCAUUUGAGCACUUUUUGCUGCAAUUCCGCCGCACAAAACGGCAGGUGAGACGGCAAAAUGCAUUGAAAACGAAGGACAGUUUUGUGCUGGAGAAGCUUGAAAAUGCAUCGAACUUGUCGCUUAACGAAGCGGGAGCGAUGAUUGUUUGUAGCCAUGACGCAUUGCUGCCAGCUGCGCAAUGCGUGGGACGCAAUCGACGUGCUAUUCUUAGUGGAGACGUAUUCAGGAAGAUUACAGUAUAUGCUCCAGAGCUGAGAGGGUUUCCACUCCGAUCGUGCUGCGACUGUACGGCUUGUGUACUGGAGCAAGAGAACCGGAAGUUGAAGGCCGAGGAAAAAAAGAGAGCGAGAUUUGAGAAGGAAAUUGCAGGAUCUGAAGAGAUGUUGGAAUUGUUGGAGAGGAAGAAUGGAUUUCCAAAAGGAUUAUUUUCACCUGUAGACUUGGUGGGGAGCAGACGGCAGCAAUUGGCACUGCAUCUGUCCGUGAACGGACGAAGCAAGUUUGCCACGUACUUUUUGGUACCAAAAAAAUGGCUAAACAAGUGGAGGAAGUAUGUGCGCAGUCAAGAAAAGGAAGCACCUGGUCCAGUGCUGAAUGCCGAGCUGGUGUGUUUGUCACAUCAGAGGACGAUUGUGCCACCCUAUAUUUCCAUGUUCCUGUCGGGAUUUACGCUUGAGCAAUCACUCAAGUCCACGCAACUUCACGGUUCUAAACCUGCGCGUCAAUACGAAAUCGUCACGUUUGACGAGUGGGAAGCUUUGUACGACCGGUAUUGUGCCGAGUUUGCUGUAGGCUUCGAUGUGAUUAACGGCGCAUACCAUUGGCGAACUCAGGAAUGCCAGAUUUGCAACUAUGGCAUAGGCGGUGGACAAUCGUCUAAUCAACCAAACUCGCGGCGUUGA